AUGGAAAUAGUGUACAAACCAUUGGACAUACGCAACGAAGAGCAGUUUGCAAGCAUCAAGAAGCUGAUAGACGCGGACUUAUCAGAGCCGUAUUCGAUAUAUGUAUAUAGGUAUUUCUUAAACCAAUGGCCUGAAUUGACGUACAUUGCUGUGGACGUCAAGAGUAGCACACCUAGUGCACCAAUCGGGUGCAUUGUGUGCAAGACGGAUCCGCACAGGAACGUCAGACAGAGAGGAUACAUAGGAAUGCUUGCCGUGGAAUCCACGUACCGUGGUCAUGGCAUAGCGAAGACGCUGGUAGAGAUUGCGAUCGACAAGAUGCAGAGAGCUCACUGCGACGAGAUUAUGCUAGAGACAGAGGUAGAAAAUGUGGCGGCGCUGAACCUGUAUGAAGGGAUGGGGUUCAUUAGGAUGAAACGGAUGUUCCGGUACUACCUGAACGAAGGAGACGCCUUCAAGUUGAUCCUGCCCUUAACUGAGAGGAGCUGCACCCGGUCCACGUUCCUAAUGCAUGGCCAGAUGGCCUAG